UAACUCGCAGCCCACUGGCCUGGAGAGGCUGUCAGUUGAGCUGGAAACUGUCCUGGGGGAAAUUAAAACCCUGCAAAUCAGUCAGGAGGCCAGUAUUAAGUUAUUGCAGAUGACAUACAAUGAACAUAGUGCAGUUAUGAUAGAGCAAAUGCGUGGCAAUUUAAAUACUUAUAUAGAUGAAUGUGAUAAUAAUUAUGUGGGAAUAUCAGGCGGAAAUGAGCAAUAUUUAAAAGAAGAGAUGUGUAGGAAUGUUGUUUCUAUCGUGAAUGAAUUCGAUAAUAUUACUGCGAAGGAACUUAACAAGAUGAAAGAUGAAGUUAUAAGCAUAAAAGGGUCAGUUACAAGUUCUAUUCAUAAAUGCACCUGUCUUCACAAUGACUUGUUACAAAUACUUGAAAUCGUUCAGAAAACUGGAGAUAAUAAGGAGCUCUGCCUUAUAGCCAGCAUAAAAUGUAAGCAUAUAAUACAACAGGCACUGACGCUGCUAGGAAAGUCAAACAAGGUUUUUAAUGUCCAGAGUAAUACUGUGCACUAUGUGAGAAUACCAAGUGAUUCAGAUGAAUGUCGGAUCUCCGGCAUAUGUGUUCUUCCCGAUGGGCAGGUACUGGUUAUAGACAGGAGAAAUAAGAAUGUCAAGCUGCUGAACCAGCAGUACCAGGUGGUGAGUCACUGGGAUGUGACUGCUAGGCCAUGUGACAUGUGUCAGAUCACACCCAGUGAGGUUGCAGUGGCUGUGGAUGUGAAUGAUAGCAACAUACAUGAGGUCCAGUUUAUCACUGUCAUCCAGGGAAAGCUUGUUCUUGGCAGGAAGUUUCAGUUACAACAUGAAUGUAAAGGUAUUGCCCAUCACCAAGGAGACCUUUUUGUCACCUCUGGUCAAGAACUGUACAAAUACACACUGAAUGGCAAACAGAUCUGCAGUAUCUAUGAAGAUAGGUCAUUUGAAUAUACAGUAUACAAGUGUGCUGUGAGUCCCACAGGGGACAGGCUGUACAUUACUAACUACAGGCAGGACAAGCUUCUCACCCUGGCCAGGGAUGGUACACUCCUGGCUACAUACACAGACCCAGCACUAGUGUACCCACUUGGUCUACAUGUGACCCCUGCAGGCCAGGUGCUGGUCUGUGGACGCUGGUUCAACACUGUACUACAGGUGGGCUGGGAGGGAGAGAGUAAGCUGGCUAAGCUGGCUACUCAGGAGGAUGGAGUGAGCUGGCCAUUGUCAGUCUGCUACAGCAGCACCACAUCAUCCAUCAUUGUGGGACAAGGGGACGACAACAUCCUGGUGUUCAGAGUGGAAUAGUGUGUACAUUCGCUGCUGAGUCAGGACAACGAUGCUGAGGAUGUGGUGGACAAGAAUAACCGGAAUACGCAGAAGGACAGCACCACCAUUGAUAUCGAGUUGGCCCAGCAACAGCACCAGUCCGGCCUGCAGGAGCCCCAGUCCAGGAUGACCCAUCCACUCCCCUGACCCAUAGCUCAUCAUACUUGAUAUCCGGAAAAAUGGGGCCUAAUGCAUGUGCUUAAAUUGUUGUCACAGAUAAGCCUGUGCAGUUUGCACAGGCUAAUAAUGGACAACACUUUCCUCUUAAAGCAGAGCACCAGCAUUGAUGACUGCAGGAGCCCCAGUCCAGAAUGACACUUCCCCUCCCUUGACUUCUAACUCCUCCCCAUUGACCUCCUGCCUCAAAAAGUCAGCAUCGUUGAACAACUGUGUUCUGCAGGAAAUUCUGAGCAUGAUUCUGUUCUAACAAACGCAAUGUCCGCGUCACGUUUUCCAAACAUAAGCCUGGGUAGUUUUGUUAAGCUAGAGUUCCGCGUGGGCCUGAAAGGGACAAGUGUUACAGACACGCAAAGUUAUAGCAGUAGUUAUGGUAACGCUAACAGUCAGUUGUUGCUGUUGGACAUCACAACAAAUAUCAUGAAGAAUGAAAAGUUCAAUAACUUGUUCCAAUCUUUAUGGAACAAACAGAAAUUGAACAGGAGGAAAUCACGGAACAAUAAAAGCGUAAGCUUUCCUAGUGGGAUACUUCUGUUGUUGAUAGUUUGGACAACAGUAGGGUUACAGACUGCCCCAGAUUGUCCUCUCAGCGGCCAAAAUAUCAUAAUAGAACAGACUUUUGGCAAUGUUACUGACAAAAAAGACAAUAAUGACUUGGUUGUGAAUACCCAGAGCACAAUACAUCCAUGCUGACAAAGAAAGGCGGUAAUGACUUAGUUGUGAACACCUCGAGCACGAUACAUCCAUGCUGACACAGAUAGGCAGUAAUGACUUGGUUGUGAACACCCAGAGCGCGAUACAUCCAUGCUGACACAGAUAGGCAGUAAUGACUUGGUUGUGAACACCCAGAGAACGAUACAUCUGUGCUGACACAGAAAGGCAGUAAUGACUUGGUUGUAAACAUCCAGAGCACAAUACAUCCAUGCUGACACAGAAAGGCAGUAAUGACUUGGCUGUAAACACCCAGAGCACAAUACAUCCAUGCUGACACAGAAAGGCAGUCAUGACUGUGCAGUGAACACCCAGAGCAAGAUAUAUCCAUGCUGACACAGAAAGGAAGUAAUGACUAUGCUGUGAACAUCCAGAGCAAGAUAUAUCCAUGCUGACACAGAAAGGCAGUAAUGACUAUGCUGUGAACACCCAGAGCACCAUUCAUCCAUGCUGACACAGAAAGGCAGUAAUGACUUGGUUGGGAACACCCAGAGCACAAUAAAUCCAUGCUGACACAGAAAGGCAGUAAUGACUUUGCUGUGAACACAGAACACGAUACACCCAUGCCAACACAGAAAGGCAGUAAUGACUUGACUGUGAACACAGAGCACAAUACAUCCAUGUUGAAAAAGAAAGGCAGUCAUGGCUAUGCUUUGAACACCCAGAGCACGAUGUAUCCAUGCUGACACAGAAAGGCAGUAAUGACUAUGCUGUGAACACCCAGAGCAAGAUAUAUUCAUGCUGACACAGAAAGGCAGUAAUGACUAUGCUGUGAACACCCAGAGCAAGAUAUAUCCAUGCUGACACAGAAAGGAAGUAAUGACUAUGCUGUGAACACCCAGAGCAAGAUAUAUCCAUGCUGA